AGCUGAAGCUCGAAGGCUGUGCGCUGCACGACAGUCUAAUAAUUUACAUGCGCAUCGUAUUAUUACACUACAGUCCCAUGUAUGGGUAUCGCCGUAUGUAGCUGAAUUAUCUAAUUCUUCCUAUUCUUAACAACUGUCAAAUGUCGAUUAUGAUGAUGAGACGUGCUUUCUGCCUUUUUGGACAUCGGAGGAAUCUCUUUGUGACACCAAAUCGCCUGAAUGCUGGACAUUUCCAGAGCAAUUACAGUUUGAACAAACUGUAUCCACACAGCGAGCAAGACUUCACAAUUUCAAGUUCAACGAGAAAGUCACAUGAGACAACAGAUCAGAAUUCUGGGUUAAAGUUCAGUGGACAAAUUCCAGUUGAUAAGUUGAUGGUGAAGUACAGCAGAAGUGGUGGAGCAGGGGGUCAAAAUGUAAAUAAAGUGGAAACGAAGGUGGAUGUCAGGUUUCAUGUUGCUACAGCAGAAUGGCUACCUCAGAAUGUGAGAGAUAAACUCCAAGUUCAGCAAAAGAAUAAAAUAAAUAGCAGAGGGGAGAUGGUAUUGGUGUCUGAACGAACGAGGUCACAGAUCAGAAACUUCAGUGACUGUCUUCAAAAGAUCAGAGAUAUGGUCGCAGAGGCAGAGCGCAAACCUAAGGAACCAAAUGAAAAGGACAAGGCUGUAAGAAGAUUAAGAGUGGAAUCUGCAAACAGAGAGAGAUUAAGAGUGAAAAAGGCACACUCGGCGACCAAGCAUGAACGACGGGUUUCCUUUGAUGAUUGAGCAGCAAAGGAAAAACAUUUGAACGAAUAUAUUAUUGACUCAUUUGACUAUGAAGGAGGCCACUUUUAGAAGAAAAUGUAUGCACAGGAAUGUAGGCAUAUAUCAAAUGCACAGAAUGUGAUUUGCUUGAAAAGCUUGGUGGAUUUCUCAGCCUGUGUCAGCAGCAACCAUUGUUUAUAUGAGCCAGAAAGAACACUGGAUGACAUUGGAUGAAAUUGAGACCAGUGCAUCAACAUCAAAUUCUGGAACAGAGCGUUCAUAAAGAAAUUUUGUUUCAUUUUAUUGCAUUAUUACCAUUGCUUUUUUUAGGGGGGUGAGCAAAGAAUGG